CCCGUGUGCGCGGCCGCAGCCAAUGAGCGGCCCCGCCUCCCCCCUGCCCCCCCCUGCCCCGGCUCGGCGCGAUGGCGGCGGCGGGCCCGGCCGCGGGCGGCGGGCGCUGGGAGGUGGUGCGGAAGGGCCGGCGGCCGGCGGGGGGCUCCGGCAGCCGCCGUGCCCUGGGCGAGGCCAACGCCGUCCGCGCGCUGCCUUUGGCCGCUCCCAUCGCUACCUCUGACACCAUCUUCGAGCUGGGCUUCGAGCGGGCGCUGAAGAAGCAGAACAAGGAGCAGGUCCCCCCCGCGUCGGCGCCCGAGCAGCCACACCGGAGGCAGCAUGCAGGGAAGAGCACGAAGAAGCCGUCAGCGACCAAUACCGGUGCCAAACCAGGGAAAUGCCGCUCACUGGAGGAAGCCCUUAGAGCUCUUGACUUGGUGGAUCUGCAGAAGGAGCUGGAUAAAAGUCAAAGCGUGUUCCCCGAGAACCCCUCCGUCUGGGUGAAGGACUUGGCUGGCUAUCUCAACUACAAGCUGCAGGCACCCAGGAGCGACCCCACGCUCAGCCAGCACCCCCACGACUAUCCGUACUGCCUUGUGAGCAAGGAGCUGAAGAACAUCAUCAGAUCCCUGCUGGGACGGUCGUCCGGCGUGCUGGAGCUCUUCUUUGACCACUGUAUUUACAGCAUGCUGCAGGAGCUGGACAAAACCCCAGGGGAGUCUUUGCACGGGUACAGGAUCUGCAUCCAGGCGGUGGUUCUGGACAGGCCCAAAAUCGCCACCAUGAAUCUGGGCAAGUACUUGGAGGUGUUGCGGUCUCACCAGAACAGGCCGAUUAAAUGCCUAACGGUCCUCUGGGCACUGGGACAGGCUGGAUUCGUGGACCUUCAUGAGGGCCUGAAAGUGUGGCUUGGUGUCAUGCUCCCAGUGCUCGGGAUCAAGUCUCUCUCUCCUUAUGCUGUUGCUUACCUGGACCGUCUGCUGAUGAUGCACCCAAACCUGACCAAAGGCUUCGGUAUGAUCGGACCCAAGGAUUUCUUCCCCCUCCUGGACUUCGCCUUCAUGCCCAACAACUCGCUGCCGCCCAGCUUACAGGAGCAGCUGCGCCGGCUCUACCCUCGCCUGAAGGUGCUGGCAUUUGGUGCGAAGCCGGAGACAACACUGCACACCUACUUCCCUUCCUUCCUCUCCCGUGCUACACCGAGCUGCCCUCCCAGCAUGAAAAAAGAGCUCCUGACCUCCAUGAGCCAGUGCCUCAGCCUGGAUCCCCUGAGCUUCAGCGUCUGGAGGCAGCUGUACACCAAGCACCUUUCUCAGUCCAGUUUGCUUCUGAACCAUCUGCUGGAGUCCUGGGACAGCAGGAGCAAGAAGGUGCGUCAGUCACUGCAGGAAACGGUUCACUCAUUCAAAGUAACGAACGAGGAGCUGGUGGCGAGAGGGCCCAACAGUGACCAGGACGUGGCUGCCUGCAAUGCUGCCUGCAAGGAGCUGCUGCAGAAGAUGAAGGGCCAGGGCUUCCCCUGGUCGCGGCUGCUGCUCAUCCUCCUGGUCUUUGCGGCCGGCUUCCUCCUGCAUGAUGUCCGGACACAUGGCUCCUUCCAGGCCUCCUCUUCUGCUCGCCUCCUUCAUUCCUCUGGCGUCCUGCCGGCCCUGCAGCAAGCCUGGCAGAAGGUCUCCCACUGCUGCCUUGAAGGAUACAGGUGGCUGGAGCGCAGCCUGCCCGUGUACAGCUCCCAGGCAGCAGCUGUCCUGCAGCCACAGCUGGAACUGCUCUGGGUGAAGAGCAGCGAGGUGGCCCUGUACGCAUCCGAGCAGUGCUCAUCCCUGCUGUCCUGGGUCCACAACAGCCUGCCCUGCUUCAUUGAGUGGUGGAGAAAUAUCAUGGGACUGCAUGAGAGAACAUCUGACAAGCUUUACCUAUUCUUCUUGGAUUUACCUGCAAAACACAACCAUAGCCAUCAAAAACUGGGCCCUGGCUAUGAUUUCAGGACACUGAUCUGCUUUCUGGAGGAGUGGGGGCACGGUCAUGUCAUCUCCCGAAGUUCCAGCCACCGAGGAGUAUCUCCAGCACAACUUGCGGAUGGCAAUGCCAAGGGAGAUGUACACAGGGACUUUGGGCUUAGGUUGGGGCUUACGGGGGAGGUGGGUUUUAUUGUUUUUUGGUUUGUUUUGGUUUGGGUUUUUUUUUCCCCUGGGGAGACACAUCCAGGUUUUCCACACCUUGUGAAUUAGCUUUGGCUUUCCCUGUCCUGCUGCCCCUUCUCUAGGUCUGGAUGGGGUCAAUGAUCUUAUGCUUUGCCUGCAAGUGCAUCUGUCCCAAAGUGUCAGAGGAUCAGGUGCAGACACCCAGAGGUCUCCCACCCGUGCCCCCCCAACUCCUUCCCACGGGUUCCAAGUUGAUGAACUGGACUGAUUACUUUUUUUUUUUCUCCUUUUGAGUGCA